CUUUAUUUCCUUUCUUUGGGCCCCGCGUGACGGAGAUUCAAGGGACGGCAAUCCUCCGAGGGAAGCCCCACGCAUCGACGCGCGGCUGAUGCGUUCUUGUUCUUGCUCGUGAUUCUUGAACUUCUCUCGCCCUUAUCGGCCGCUUAUCACUUUCAGGACACCGAGUCCUGCACGACGUCCUCGCCUUCCAGGCCCCAAAGUGCCAGCCGCUGUCCUGCUCGGCGGGAGCCGAAUGACAAUUGAAUGGAGUUCGUGUUGGGCGCCUGUGCUUCGGUCGGUGCAGGGAUCUUCAGCAACCCCCUCGAUGUCCUCAAGACCAAGGCGCAGCUCCAGGGGGAGCUGCGCGCUCGGGGGCAGUACUCGGUGCACUACAAGAACAUGGUCCAUGCCGCCUACAUGAUCACCAAGGAAGAGGGGAUCUUCGCCCUGCAGAAAGGAUUGGCCCCAGCGCUUUUGCACCAAGUCGGCCUGAAUGGAACAAGGCUUGGACUGUUUCAAUUGGCCCAGGAUGCUGGACUCAACCGCAAUGAGGAUGGGUCAUUGUCCGCCGUGAGAACAAUGUUAAUAAGUGCCUGUGCAGGCUCUCUUGGUGCUUUCUUCGGAAGUCCUUUCUUUUUGGUUAAAACUCAAAUACAAUCACAAGCUCCUGUUGCCAUAGCCAAAGGUUCAAACGUUGUCCUUGGUGUUCAACAUCAGCAUAAAGGCAUGAUCCACGCCUUUUCUACUAUUCUUCAGAAGAGAGGUCCUCUAGGGGUGUUUGAUGGAGCCUCAGGAGCUGUUUUGCGAGUUGCUGUGGGUUCAACUGCCCAGUUGUCAACUUUUAGUUACAGCAUGGAGUAUAUUGAAAAUAAUCAGUUCUUUAGUGAAGAUGCUGUGUGGUCGAAAGCUUUUGCCUCUAGCAUGCUUGUUGGCGUGGUAACUGCUUUAACCAUGACACCAUUUGAUACUGUAUCUACUCGCCUCUUCAAUCAAACCCGAGAUGCUUCAGGACGAGGCUUGUUGUAUAGUGGAAUUUUUGACUGCUUUGCAAAGACACUGAAAGCAGAAGGUGUGCGAGGGUUGUACAAAGGUUUGAUUCCUGUGUACUCCAGAAUCGCUCCUCAUUCCAUGCUCAAUCUCAUGUUUUGGGAGAAGCUUAAGUACCUGCAUCAGAAAUUCAUAGACCAGCCAACUUAGGUUUUACUCCUGAACGUUUCUCAAUUUUAUCAUGCUGGAGUAAUGAGAGCCAUUUUAUUAUUGACUGCUAAAUUAACACUCUCCUGUAUACUUUUAUUGGUGCCAUCAUUUACAGUAUUUUCACAAAUUUGAGAAAUCCCAUUGAAACUAAACACUAUGAAUUGUUAUUUUAUAAAAGUAUAUUGUGGUUUCCUUGAUGUUCCUGUUCAGAGCAAUGUCUGUUGAUUUGUUGAAUGACGGUGUAUUACAUCAUCUCUGUAAGAUAAGACUUUAAUGUACUGUAGUGUAUAAGCUGUUGUAACUGGAAAGACAAAGACAUUACAGACCAAACCUAAUGUAACUAGUAAUAUGAUGAUUGUGAGGGAUGAUAUUACAAAGCCAAAAAGGUGGAGCUUCACUCUUCUGUAAGCAAUGUAGCCUCUCUAUAGUGCUCACAAUAUUUAAUGUGGUUCAUUCUCUACCAAACAAACAGUACUAAAAAGUAUUUUGUUACUUUAGAUCAUUUUUACACGGAGUGUGAUUUGUAGCUUGAAGCUCUCCUAACGAAUUUAGUCAAACUGUUGCCAAAAGAUGCGCCAAACAAAGGGCUAAAGUAGUUAUAAAAGCUGUUAUUGCAUAAAUUUUCUUGAAAUGUGCCUUAUUUUAAUUGAACAUUCCUCUGAAAUUGUUAAACUUGCUUUCAUUACUCCUUUUUCGAAUGUCUUCCUUGUGGGAAUGUUGUUCACCUGUAAUCUCGUCCUAGCUGUUCGAGAGCUUUGUGCAAGAUUUAGAUUGCGGCAAUUAUUUUUCCAUCAUAAAUUUUGUGAUACACAUCAAUUUGCUUUUCUUGUUAAAGUGUUGUUAUUUAUUGUUUAUAUAUUUUAUUUGUUCAGAAGAUGUUUUAUAAAUUGUGGUCUAUAGAGUGUUUUUGAGUGUUGUUGUGCUUAAGCCACUUGGAGGAAUUCAGGGUAAUAAGAUUCCAACUAUUGUUUCGGUGUACUUGAUGCACUUUUAUUUUAAUAUUUUGGAGGCAACAAUUGUUUUAUAAGAACACAUUUCUUGUUAUUCUCAUGAUAGUGCUCAUAGUAUUUCCUAGUCAGAGUGAAACACAAAUAAAAAAUAUUUUUGGAGGUCAGUA